AUGAAUCUCACGCCUUCUCCAUUACUCAACAAGCAUAAAGAAAUACGGCUAUGGCCUUCCUGCAAGCACCCAAAAACACUCUCUUUCCGAGCCACCACCACAGAUGAUCAUGAUUUGGUGUUUAUAGAUCCUAAGGAGUUGUUGCCUGAGGCAGAAGUCGAGCUGACAAUGCCUGGUUACUACUUCAGUAACUCAUCAGAAUCCGCCACUGCCAGCAUGUCGACUGAAUCCGAAACAUACUUUGACAACAACGAGUCCUCCUCCGUGGAGAUAAUCGUACGUGGGGUCAAGUCUGAAAGGUUGUUUUUUAAACCUGAUACAACAAGUGCGAUACUUGAAACUCAAGGAAGUGGUAGGCAACGUACGCUUGUAGAUAUUGAUGGUGGUGUUUUUCCGUAUAAAGAGAGUGUGGCAAUGGUGAUGGAAUCGGAGGAUCCGUAUGGGGAUUUUAAGAAGUCGAUGGAGGAGAUGAUGGAGAGCCUUGAUUUGAAAGAUUGGGAUUGUUUGGAGGAGUUGAUGGGGUGGUAUUUGAGAAUGAAUGGGAAGAACAAUCAUGAGUUCAUUGUUGGAGCUUUUGUUGAUUUGCUUGCUGGGAUUUCUGGUGGUGAUGAUUCCUGCUCCGAUCAUUCUAUAGCUUCUUUCAAUUCAGCCGCUUCCACUUUUUCUUCUCCCAUCUCAUCUCCCUUAUAUCAAGUUGGUAGAGAGAAGAUCAUCGAGCAAGGAAAAAUGAUUGCUUUAUUCUGCCCUUUGAACAAGCUGUCCAGAUUGGGACUUAAUGUGGGAAAGGCAUUACAACACUUGUGCAACUCCGCACGCACCUCCAGAGCAAUUUUGCAAGCUGAAAAGAAAGUGAAAUUCAGUUUCUUCAUGCUCAUUACAAAAGGGACAAAACAUCGAUACAUUCUGGAUUCCACUUUUGAUAAGGUUGCUUCUAGUGAGUCUACCUAG